CCAAGUCGAGCACACUUACUCCACCGUACCAGAGUUGAUCCAAGUUGAGCACACUUGCAAUGGCGCUAACCAGAUCGAUGGUUUUGCUCCAGACGUACGCCGCACUCGCAGCGGCGACGAUGCGACGGCCGGAAGAGAGGGCACACCUCGCCGAAGCCGAACCGGCAGCGGCUACCUCCUCGCCGGCGCCGGCUCCGCCGUACACCGGCGUCUCGGUCUUCAUCCCGGCACCGCCGCCUCUGCCUGGCAUGCCCGCGUUACCGCCGUUGCCCGGCUUCCCGGGCAUGGCAGGCGCGCCAUCGCCUUCGCCUUCGCCUUCGCAGCAGCCGGCCAGUUGCUUGGGAGCGCUCGGGCGUGUGAUCACGUGUGCUCCGUACCUCACCGACUCCGUGCCCGCGCCGCCGAGUACCUGCUGCGACGGCUUCAGGUUGCUCGUCGGCAGCAGCGCCCGGAUCUGCUUGUGCCAUGCCAUCAUCGGCAACUUGAGUACAUUGGCAGGCGGGGAGAUCGACCAGCUUCGCUUGCUCGUGCUGCCUCUGACGUGUAGCACGUUCGUCCCCCCGGACCUUCUUCUCAUGUGCAUCCUGUCUCCGGUGCCGCCGAUUAUGCCUCAGCACGACCGCGCCGGUGUCGGAGAAAGGCUCGGUGCUCUCGGCGGCUAGGCCAUUGGCGUGCUCUCGAAAAGAAGAAGGGAGUGUCUAUUUAGAAGUCGACUGAAAUUGAAUUAGGCUUCAGUCGAAUUCCUGUAUGUCUAUCAUUUAUGUUCCCCGCGCACUGCAUGUAUGUCAAUUUCCAUCUGAUAUCACACCCGGGCCUUGUAUGCAUGUGCGUUGACGGGUUGGCCUUGUAUGUACAGUGGAAG